AUGGUGAUCAACGAGCGAUGCUCUCAGAGGUUCAUCAGCAGAGAGCAAUCAACAGACCGGACCGAUGUGAGCCCCCAGAUUAACAGGGCCAGCGCACGAGGAGGCGCCGGGUCGAAACAUCUCACCCAGACUACUGCUCAGAGACAGGAAAUCUUCGGUAGGGAAUGGAGAGGCGGACACCAGCAACAGGAAGGCGAAGGACAGGAGGAUACCCAACCCAUCACUUCGCAAAUCUUCACCAGAAAUGAACAUAUGAAAGACCUCUUAACAGAUGGAGAUAUUUUUGUGCCAAGAACAAGAACUGCAAGAAACGCAGUAUCCUGCAGUAACUGCGCAUGGCAGAAGUUGAGCAACACGGUCCAGGUGCCGUACGACGUCAGCACUUCCUUCACGAGCUCCGAAAAGAUCACGAUUAACAACGCGAUCAGCGCCUUCCACAUGAGCACCUGCGUCCGGUUCGUCCCUCGUGUUGCCCAGACCGACUACAUCAGCAUCGAGAAACUAUCCGGGUGCUGGUCCUACGCUGGACGGACUGGGGGGGCUCAGCAGUUAUCUCUCGGUGCAGGAUGCGUUCAACACGGCAUCGUGCAGCAUGAACUCAUCCACGCGCUGGGCUUCUGGCACGAGCAAAGCCGGAGCGACCGAGACUCGUACGUCAGGAUCAACUACGAAAACAUCUUGGACGGAUACGCAAGCAACUUUGACCGAAAGGAGACAAAUAACCUGGCGGUUCCAUAUGACUACUCCUCCGUCAUGCAUUACGCAGCCAAGGACUUCUCAAAGAACGGAGGAGACACCAUCACCCCCCUCACGCCCUCCGCACAGAUAGGCCAGAGGGCAAGCAUGUCAGACAGCGACAUCCUGAAGAUCAACAAGCUGUAUGACUGCAGUAAGUACACAACUUCAUUGGGACUGUGUGGUUUAACCCUUGUGUUGUCGUCCCGUUAA